UACGCUAACGUGUACGCAAAUAAAAAAGUUAGGUAGAAUUAAACGUCAUAACAAAUAUUUUUCUAUCAAACAAACACUAAACAUAUCAAAAUAGCGUGUAUCAAAAUAUACAGUCACUGCCCACGCUAAAUAGUCACUACCUAGAACAUCAAGUUCUAUUCUGUAACUGGUGCACAAGGUCAAAUAUUUCGGUUUCUGCGAAAAAACGAAAACGACAGUUAAGAUUCGCUUCUGUGUGGUUAGUUAUUCUGUGAUUGAAAUCAAUGAAAUCAAGUUUAAUAAUAAUAAUAAUAAAAUGGAAGUAAAACAAGAAUUUAAUGAGGAGACGUGUAAAAUAGAAAUAGAGUAUAAUGACUUAGAUCAUGAUGAUGAUCCUCUAGAUCUAGAUGGCUUUAAAUGUGAAGUUAAGGAAGAAUCAAAUAGCAAAAGUACACCACAUGGCAAUUGUGAUUAUUUAGACUUAAAGGAAAUUCCUACAAAUGAAAUACACCAAGAGAGAAAUAAACUAAACCCGUUUGAAGAGAACCAACAAACUGAAAAAGGCUUUAAAUGUGACAUUAAGGAGGAAUCCAAUAACCAAAGUACACAUGACACAUGUGAUUAUUUAGACAUAAAGGAAAUUCCUAGAAAUACUGAAAUACACCAACAUGGAAAUAAACUAAACCUGUUUGAAGAAAACCAAAAAACUGAAAAAGGUUUUACUCAGGAGGAGAAUAAAAUAGAAGGUAUGGAAACAGUUUGUGAACAUUCAUCCCGUAAACAACACUAUACGAGUCGACAAGCCAAGGGAAAAACUGUAAAUAAAAAUAUAAAAGUACAGACUAGACAGGGAACUUACAAAUGUAAGAUUUGUUUCAAACAGUUUUCUAAAACACAUUAUUUGAAACAACAUUUAAGAAGGCACACUGGAGGAAAACCUCACAAGUGUGAAAUCUGUUUUAAGCAGUUCAGUCAAGCAGGAUAUUUGAAAGUACAUUUGAGAGUACACACUGGAGAAAAACCUCACAAGUGUGAAAUUUGUUUUAAGCAGUUUAUUGAAGCAAGUCAUUUGAAAAAACAUUUGAGAGUGCACACGGGAGAAAAACCUUACGACUGUGAAAUCUGUUUUAAGCAGUUUAGUCAAGCAGGUAGUUUAAAAUCCCAUUUGAGAGUACACAUUGGAGAAAAACCUCACAAGUGUGAAAUCUGUUUCAAGCAGUUUAGUCGACCAGAUUCUUUAAAAAUACAUUUGAGAGUGCACACUGGAGAAAAACCUCACAAGUGUGAUAUUUGUUUUCAGCAGUUCAGUCAAGCAGGACAUUUGAAAGAACAUUUGAGAGUGCACACUGGAGAAAAACCUCACAAGUGUGAAAUUUGUUUUAAGCAGUUUAUUGAAGCAAGUCAUUUGAAAAAACAUUUGAGAGUGCACACGGGAGAAAAACCUUACGACUGUGAAAUCUGUUUUAAGCAGUUUAGUCAAGCAGGUAGUUUAAAAUCCCAUUUGAGAGUACACACUGGAGAAAAACCUCACAAGUGUGAAAUCUGUUUCAAGCAGUUUAGUCGACCAGAUUCUUUAAAAAUACAUUUGAGAGUGCACACUGGAGAAAAACCUCACAAGUGUGAUAUUUGUUUUCAGCAGUUCAGUCAAGCAGGACAUUUGAAAGUACAUUUGAGAGUGCACACUGGACAAAAACCUCACAAGUGUGAAAUUUGUUUUCAGCAGUUCAGUCAAGCAGGACAUUUGAAAGAACAUUUGAGAGUGCACACUGGAGAAAAACCUCACAAGUGUGAAAUUUGUUUUAAGCAGUUUAGUCGAGUAGGACGUUUGAAAGAACAUUUGAGAGUGCACACUGGAGAAAAACCUCACAAGUGUGAAAUUUGUUUUAAGCAGUUUAGUCGAGUAGGACAUUUGAAAAGCCAUUUGAGAGUGCAUACUGGGGAAAAACCUCACAAGUGUCAAAUCUGUUUUAAGCAGUUUAGUCAAGCAGGUGAUUUGAAAACACAUUUCAGAGUGCAUACUGGAGAAAAACCUCACAAGUGUGAAAUUUGUUUUCAGCAGUUUAGUCGAGUAGGAUAUUUGAAAAACCAUUCGAGAGUUCAUACCGGGGAAAAACCUCACAAGAGUUAAUAAAAAACCUCACAAGUGUCAAAUCUGUUUUAAGCAGUUUAGUGAAGCAAGUAGUUUAAAAACACAUUUGAGAGUCCACACUGGAGAAAAGCCUCACAAGUGUGAAAAUAUAUUUUAAGCAGUUUAGUCAAGCAGGACAUUUGAUAAGAGAUACGAGAGUACACACUGGAGAAAAACCACACAAGUGUGAAAUUUGUUUUCAGCAAUUCAGUCUAGCAGGAAAUUUAAAAGUACAUUUGAGAUUACACACUGGAGAAAAACCUCACAAGUGUGAAAUCUGUUUUAAGCAGUUUAGUCAAGCAGGUGAUUUGAAAACACGUUUAAGAGUGCACACUGGAGAAAAGUCUCACAAGUGUGACAUUUGUUUUAAGAAGUUUAGUAGAGCAGGUGAUUUGAAACAACAUUCGAGACUGCACACUGGAGAAAAACCUCACAAGUGUCAAAUCUGUUUUAAGCAGUUUAGUCACGCAGGUAGUUUGAAAAUACAUUUAUGAGUACACACUCUGUUUUAAUCAGUUUAGUCAAGCAGGUGAUUUGAAAACACAUUUAAGACUGCACACUGGAGAAAAACCUCAAAAGUGGGACAUUUGUUUUAAGCAGUUUAGUAGAGCAGGUGAUUUCAAACAACAUUCGAUAGUGCACACUGAAGAUUGUUUUUAGCAGUUUAGUCGAGUAGGACAUUUUAAAGUACAUUUGAGAGUGCACACUGGGGAAAAACCUUACAUGUGUCAAAUCUGUUUUAAGCAGUUUAGUGAAGCAGGUAGUUUAAAAACACAUUUGAGAGUGCACACUGAAGAAAAAUCUUACAACUGUAAAAUCUGUUUUAUGCAGUUUAGUCACGCUGGUAGGUUAAGGUUGAUCUGAACCCCCCCAAAAAUAAACUACACAUUCAAAAAAUUUGAAAAAAAUUGAGAAGGUAUAUGUGAUCACUAGAAGUAUUUUGACAAAUUUUGAGCAAACUUCAUGUUUUCGUUUUCGAAAAAACUCAAAAAAACUCCUUUUUUUCAAGUAUAAAGCGGGAAAACUAAACAUACAAUUUUGUUAAUUUUCUUACAGCAUAAAGAUAUAAUCCUAGGAAAUACUUAUGAAUUUUUUAAAAAAUUUUGAAUGUACAGUUUUGCCACAGUAGGAAAAAAUAAUAUGUUUCGGCUUAUAAUAAAGCUAUCGGUAAGAAAUUGGAUAAAAUUUCAAUAACAACAUAUAUAAAACUGUAACAAUGGAAAAUAUUUCCAAUAAAAUGUUGAAUAUUUUUUCCUAAACAUAUGAAAAAUCUCGUUAAACAAGAAUUAUAUCUUGAAUUGGCGCUAAGAAUUUGUGCCGCCAUGACAUGUCGCCAUCUACACCAUCGGUAAUAUUUAUGUUCGAUAGAUAGCAGUGCCUUCCGCUUCAAUCGCGUCACACAGAACUUUAUUCUAACAGCGUUGCCAUAUCAAUUACUUUGUACAACAAAAUGUUUUAAUGUUAGUAGGUAAUAUAAGCCUACUACUAUAACGUCUAUUUAUAACGCAUCAACGUGACCUUCUGAAAUUAAUUUAACUACGUUUGUUGAAAUAUUUUCAGUCCCCUUGGCCGUAUUAGAUUUUGAUAUAUUUAGGGCCGGUACUUUCUGUUUCGAUUAAACCCUAGUUGGCAAUUGGCAUUUUAAUAUUUUUAAGUACCAUAAAGUUGUCUUUUUUUAUUUGUAUUUUUUCAUGUAUCUCUGAAGCUUUGUAUUUGACUAUAUUUUGAAUUGGAAUUGGAUCAUAGUCUUCAUUUGUCAAAUAGUGUGUCUAAUAACUACCAUCCAUGGUAUUUCUCUUUUGUCGCGCUUUUAUGUUUAUUAAAGCUUUUAAUUGAAAUUAUUACUUUAUCUUUAAAAUUUUCAUUGUCCAUUACUUUUUGCAUUUGUGGUGAGCUAAAUUUAAGGGAAAACAAUUGGACGAUAUGUAAAUAGAUAUGGAGUAAGAGCAGUAAAUAACCACUUCUAAAAUUAAUUGAGGAGAGGUUAAAAAUAUUUUCACCUUCAUAUUAAAAAUAAAAAAGGAUCAAUGUACAAGGAAUAGUAGGUAACAAUCAAUUUUAAAAAUCUUACAUCUAUAUUGAUUUCUUCUCUGUACAAAAACAACAGAAAUAAACAAGACAAAAGAAAAAAUGUGUUGUCACUUAAUAAUAUUAGGUAUGUUAAAUAAACGUAUUGAUUAGUCUGGUGGAAGUAGAACUUAAAACUGUUAUAUGGAGCUAAUCUGGAUCGGUAUAAAUUAAAUGAGAAAGAAAAAAAAUCUAAUAAACAGUUUCUUUAAGAGCAGGAAGAGAAAGAUUAUGGAAUAUUAGAAAAUGAAAACGGCGCGGCAGAAUAAUCAUCGAUAAAGAAGUAAAUAAAAAGAGGAAACGCGAUAACGAUAUCUGGAACAAUUGUUUUAUCUGAUAAGAAACGAAGAACAGCCAGAAAUUCCUAUCAAAAUAAAAAAAUAUAGUAAAGCAGUGUGGAUUGUUUCUGUGUUUGAAAAAGGUUAUGGGUUUUUACGAGCUUGUCCGGACGGGUCAGUAAGUGACAAUAAUAUUGUGAAAGUUAAGUGACUGUAUUCAUCCCGAGAAUAUACAUCUCUAGAGGCAGCCGAAUCCAUAAAAACAUGUAGCUUGUUAAGUGAAUGUCCCUAAAGAAACAAUAACUUCUUCUUUAGCCUGGUUGCAUCCACUCCUGGACAAAGGCCUCCCAUUAGUUCUCCACUCUUCUCUGUUUUGUGCUAUUUGGUAACAGUUUCUCCCCACUUUUGCUUUGAAGUCAUCUAGCCAUCGUUUUUGUGGUCUUCCUCUUCUACGUCUAUGCUCGCGUGGUCUCCAAUGUAAAAUGUUUCUCGUCCACGUUUCGUUGUUUUGCCGUGGCACGUGUACUGUCCUAUCCAGCUCCAUUUCAUUUGCGCAAUUCUUCAAUAACAUAUUCCACCUUCGUCCUGUUUCCUACGUCCCAUUUCGAAUAUGUUCUCUCAGAGAUACUCCUAAGAUAGCUCGUUCGAUGGCCCUCUGUGUUGUUCUUAAUAUAUUGGCUGAUAACCCUGUAAGUGUCACGGUCUCCACUCCAUAAGUCUUAUCUGGUAGAAUACAACUGUUGAGUAACCUUUUUUCUAGAUUUAUUGGUAUCUUUUUGUUUUUCAACACAUCACUGAGUCUUGCAACUGCUGCCCAAGUAAUUCAGAUUCUUAUAGCUAUCUCGUCCGUUUGAUUCUGUUUGCCUAGUUUGAUCGUGUGACUCUUCGACACUUUCGAUCUCACUUCCAAUUAAGUCGAUUCUGAUAUUUUGAUUUGUCAUCACUUUUGUUUUAUUUAAAUUCAUUUUUAAACCGCCUUUCUCAGAUUCAUGUUUAAUCAUCUUUAGUAUGUAGAUUGGUUCUUCUGCAUUGCUGCUUAUGAGCACUAUGUCAUCGGCAAAUCUUAGAUGACUACCUUGCGUUAUUCAUUCCGUUUAAUACGGUCCAGAGUUCUAUGGAAUCGAAUGCCCCAUUGUACAGCAAGAACAACAAUACAAAUGAAAUAUUAACGGUAGGCGGCCAGCAGUCUGAGAGAGUAAAAAAUAUAUUUACUGGGAACGAUAAUCACAGAAAAUAACGAUUAUACUCCAGAAAUAAGAGAGAGAAUUGAAAAAGCACGUGCCAACUUCGUGAAAAUGAAAAAGAUUUUAUGCAGCAAAGAUCUGAUAUUGGCCCUCAGAAUAAGGCUAAUUAUAUGUUAUGUACACAGUGUGCUUUACUAAGGAGCUGAAUCAUGGACAUUAAAUCGAAAUGCAAUAAAUCGACGAGCAAGACAGAGAAGAACUAGUUUUGGUGUUAGUGAAAUAGUUUUGAGUAUUUUUUUCUGUUAACAAUCAUUUUUAAUAUCUUUAUUAUAACCUUUUUGGACCUUAUUCUGCGGUAUCUCAUGAAACUGAUUACGCAAAAAGAUCUCAUGGGAAUAUUUUUCUCAAGAAACACGAUGUUUUCGCCUUGCUUAAACAUAUUUUGCCGAAUUUAAAAUCAAAAUCCUAUUCUUUUCUUCUAUUCUUUUUCUAUCAUACAUUGACUUUAUUCUCUCAGAUAUAUUUAGUUCUUAACACGUUGAUUAACAGACCGUCUAUAGACGACAUUUUUAAAAUAACGAGUUAUGACAAAAAAUCGGUAGAUUUUUGUAGAUUUUUUGUCACAUUACAUCUACAGAUGCAUAUGAAAUAUAAUACGACAUCCAUGGUCGUCGUCCACAUGUUUACAAAAAACAUAUUGUUUCCAUAAAACAAAUUUAGCAAUUUGGCUAUUACACUGGCGGACAAAAAAUUUAGGUCACUAGUUGAAUUAUUUGAUGC